AUGAGCAGAGAGGUGCUAGAAGCUAAGCCGCUGGGUCUCGUCCUAGCACUACAAGGCUUGUUCCCUGCCGUCCUGAAUCUUGCAUCAAAUGCUCUCAUCACAACCAAUGCAACAUGUGGAGAAAAGGGACCAGAAAUGUAUUGCAAGUUGGUAGAGCAUGUCCCAGGGCAGCCUGUGAGGAACCCACAAUGCCGAAUCUGCAAUCAAAACAGCAGCAAUCCAUACCAGAGACACCCGAUUACAAAUGCCAUUGAUGGGAAGAACACUUGGUGGCAGAGUCCCAGUAUUAAGAAUGGGAUCGAAUACCAUUAUGUGACAAUUACUCUGGAUUUACAGCAGAUCUUCCAGAUUGCGUAUGUGAUUGUGAAAGCAGCUAACUCCCCUCGGCCUGGAAACUGGAUUUUGGAGCGUUCGCUUGAUGAUGUUGAAUACAAGCCGUGGCAGUACCACGCUGUGACGGACACAGAGUGCCUAACCCUCUACAACAUUUAUCCCCGCACUGGCCCACCCUCGUAUGCCAAAGACGACGAGGUUAUCUGCACUUCAUUUUAUUCCAAGAUUCAUCCCUUAGAAAAUGGAGAGAUCCACAUCUCUUUAAUUAAUGGGAGACCAAGUGCUGAUGACCCUUCCCCGGAGCUGCUGGAAUUUACCUCUGCUCGCUACAUCCGCCUAAGGUUUCAGAGAAUCCGCACUUUAAACGCUGACCUCAUGAUGUUUGCACACAAAGACCCGAGAGAAAUCGACCCUAUCGUCACAAGACGCUACUACUACUCUGUCAAGGAUAUUUCCGUUGGAGGGAUGUGCAUCUGCUAUGGUCAUGCCAGGGCUUGUCCGCUUGAUCCAGUGACAAAUAAAUCUCGCUGUGAGUGUGAACAUAACACAUGUGGGGAAAGUUGUGAUCAGUGCUGUCCAGGAUUCCAUCAAAAGCCCUGGAGAGCAGGAACUUUUCUGACAAGAACCGAGUGUGAAGCAUGCAAUUGCCAUGGAAAAGCUGAGGAAUGCUAUUAUGAUGAAGAAGUUGCUAGAAGAAACUUGAGCUUAAAUAUACAUGGAAAGUACAUUGGAGGAGGGGUGUGCAUUAAUUGCACCCAGAAUACUGCUGGUAUAAAUUGUGAAACAUGCAUUGAUGGUUUCUUCCGACCCAGAGGGGUGUCUCCUAAAUACCCAAGGCCAUGCCAGCCAUGCCAUUGUGAUCCAAUUGGCUCUAUAAGCGAAUUUUGCGUCAAGGAUGAGAAACAUGCUCGAAGAGGUCUGGCCCCUGGAUCCUGCUAUUGCAAACCUGGCUUCGGAGGGGUGAGCUGUGAUCGGUGUGCCAGGGGCUACACUGGCUAUCCAGACUGCAAAUCCUGUAACUGCAGUGGCUCGGGAAGUACAAAUGAGGACCCUUGUUUAGGACCUUGUAACUGCAAGGAGAACGUUGAAGGAGGUGACUGCAGUCGUUGCAAGGCAGGCUUCUUCAAUUUGCAACAGGAUAAUCCAAAAGGUUGUGAAGAAUGUUUCUGUUCAGGAGUUUCAAACAGAUGCCAAAGUUCCUACUGGACCUAUGGCAAUAUACAAGACAUGAGUGGCUGGUAUCUGACUGACAUCUCUGACCGCAUUCGAGUUGCUCCUCAGCGAGACAAUUUGGAUUCUCCAGAGAUCAGCAUCAGUAACACACAGGUCCGGCAAAGCCUACCCAACAGCUACUACUGGAGUGCACCAGCUGCAUACCUGGGGAACAAACUCUCGGCAGUCGGAGGACAACUGACAUUCACUAUAUCCUAUGACCUCGAGGAAGAAGAAGAAGACAUCGAACGUACCCUCCAGCUUCUGAUCAUCUUAGAGGGACAUGGCUUGAGAAUCAGCACAGCCCAAGAAGAAGUCUACCUUCAACCAUCUGAAGAGCACGUUCACGUACUGUUGCUUAAAAGAGAAUCAUUUCACAGAUAUGACACACGUAUUCCAAUCAACAGAAGAGAAUUUAUGACAGUGCUGGCAAAUGUGAAGCGAGUCCUGAUACAGAUCACAUACAGCUUUGGGAUGGAUGCCAUCUUCAGGUUGAGCUCCGUUAACCUGGAAUCUGCAGUCGCCUACCCUACCGAUGCAAGUGUUGCAGCAGCUGUGGAAAUGUGUCAGUGCCCACCAGGGUACAGUGGCUCCUCGUGUGAAUCUUGUUGGCCAAGGCACAGAAGGGUUAAUGGCACUAUUUUCGGUGGCAUCUGCGAACCAUGUCAGUGCUUUGGUCAUGCGGAAUCCUGUGAUGACGUCACUGGAGAAUGUUUGAGCUGCGAAGACCACACAGGUGGCCCCUACUGUGAUCAGUGUCUUCCUGGUUUCUAUGGUGAUCCAACCAAAGGAACUCCUGAGGAUUGUCAGCCCUGUGCCUGUCCGCUCAACAUCCCAUCCAACAACUUCAGCCCGACCUGCCAUUUAGAUCGGAGUCUUGGACUUGUCUGUGAUGCAUGCCCUGUUGGCUACACAGGACCACGCUGUGAGAGGUGUGCAGAAGGCUAUUUUGGACAACCUGCUACACCUGGAGGAUCGUGUCAACCGUGCCAAUGCAAUGACAACCUUGACUUCUCCAUCCCUGGCAGCUGUGACAGCCUGUCUGGCUCCUGUCUGAUAUGUAAGCCAGGUACAACAGGCCAGCACUGUGAGCUCUGUGCUGAUGGAUAUUUUGGAGACGCUGUUGAUGCAAAGAACUGUCAGCCCUGUCACUGCAAUGCCAAUGGUUCCUUCUCAGACAUUUGCAACCCUCGCACUGGACAGUGUGACUGCAGACCCAAUGUGCAGGGACAGCGGUGUGAUGAAUGUAAGCGUGAAACAUUCGGCCUGCAAUCAGCAAGGGGAUGUGUUCCCUGCAACUGUAAUUCUUUCGGCUCUAAAUCAUUUGACUGUGACGAGAGCGGGCAAUGUUGGUGCCAGCCUGGAGUCACAGGGAAGAAGUGUGACCGCUGUGCCCACGGAUAUUUCAACUUCCAAGAAGGAGGCUGCACAGCAUGUGACUGUUCCCAUCUGGGUAAUAACUGUGACCCCAGGACUGGCCAAUGCAUUUGUCCUCCCAAUACCAUUGGAGAAGAAUGCUCUGAGUGCGCACCCAACACGUGGGGCCACAGCAUUAUCACUGGUUGUAAGGCUUGUAAUUGCAGCGCAGUGGGAUCCUUGAAUUUCCAGUGUGACGUAAAUACUGGCCAAUGCAAGUGUCAUCCAAAGUUCUCUGGUGCAAAGUGCACUGAGUGCAAUCGAGGCCACUGGAACUACCCUCACUGCAGGCUCUGUGACUGCUUCCUGCCAGGGACAAAUGCUGCCACCUGUGAUUCGGACACUAAGACAUGCUCCUGCACUGAUGCAACAGGGCAGUGCACCUGCAAGGUGAAUGUGGAAGGUGUCCACUGUGACAGGUGCCGGCCUGGAAAAUUCGGGCUUGAUGCCAAGAAUCCACUUGGCUGUAGCAGCUGUUACUGCUUUGGUGUAACUACUCAGUGCUCUGAGGCAAAAGGACUGAUCCGGACGUGGGUUACUUUGACUGAAGAGCAGACAAUUCUGCCUCUAGUGGAUGAGGCACUGCAGCACACAACCACAAAAGGGAUUGCUUUUCAGCAUCCAGAAAUUGUUGCCAACAUGGAAUUGGUGAGACAGGAUCUCCAUCUGGAACCUUUCUAUUGGAAACUUCCAGAACAAUUUGAAGGCAAGAAGCUGAUGGCCUAUGGAGGAAAACUCAAGUACACAAUCUAUUUUGAGGCUCGGGAAGAGACGGGUUUCUCUACAUAUAAACCUCAAGUAAUCAUUCGAGGUGGGACUCCUACACAUGCUAGAAUUAUCGUCAGGCAUAUGGCUGCUCCUCUUAUUGGCCAGUUGACAAGGCAUGAAAUUGAAAUGACAGAGAAAGAAUGGAAAUAUUAUGGUGAUGAUCCUCGAAUCAGUAGAACUGUGACCCGGGAAGACUUUUUGAAUGUCCUGUAUGAUAUUCAUUAUGUUCUUAUUAAGGCUACUUAUGGGAAUAUCAUGCGACAAAGCAGGAUUUCAGAAAUUUCAAUGGAGGUAGCUGAACCAGGGCAGAUCACAGCAGCAACUCCUCCAGCUCACUUGAUAGAAAAAUGUGACUGUCCCCCAGGCUAUUCAGGCUUGUCCUGUGAGACAUGCUUGCCAGGGUUUUAUCGACUGCGUUCUCAACCAGGUGGUCACACCCCUGGACCCACCCUGGGCACAUGCGUGCCAUGUCAGUGCAAUGGACAUAGCAGCCUGUGUGACCCGGAAACCUCCAUAUGCCAGAGCUGCCAGCACCACACCACUGGGGACUUCUGUGAGCGAUGUGCUCCUGGAUACUAUGGAAUUGUCAAGGGAUUGCCAAAUGACUGUCAGCAAUGUGCGUGCCCUCUGAUUUCUUCCAGCAACAAUUUCAGUCCUUCAUGUGUCAUGCAAGGUCUGGACGACUACCGCUGCACGGCUUGUCCUCGGGGGUAUGAAGGCCAGUACUGUGAAAGGUGUGCCCCUGGCUACACUGGCAGUCCCAGCAGCCCUGGAGGCUCCUGCCAAGAAUGUGAGUGUGACCCUUACGGCUCUCUGCCUGUGCCCUGUGACCCCAUCACAGGACUGUGCACGUGCCGACCCGGAGCCACGGGCAGGAAGUGUGACGGCUGCGAGCACUGGCAUGCACGCGAGGGCACAGAGUGUGUUUUUUGUGGUGACGAAUGCACGGGCCUCCUUCUUGGGGACUUGGCUCGCCUGGAGCAGGCAGUCAUGACCGUCAACCUCACCGGCCCACUGCCUGCCCCAUAUAAAAUGCUGUACAGUAUUGAAAAUACAACUCAGGAACUAAAGCACUUACUCUCGCCACAGCGCGCCCCGGAGAGGCUUGCCACCUUGGCAGAGGGGGAUCUGAACACACUGGUGAUGGAAAUGAAUGAGCUGCUGACCAGGGCUACCAAAGUAACCGCAGAUGGCGAGCAAACUGGACAGGAUGCUGAAAGGACCAAUGCCAGAGUCAAGUCUUUGGAAGAAUUCAUCCAGGAGCUGGUCAGGGAUGCAGAAGCUGUAAAUGAAAAAGCUGUAAAGCUUAAUGAAACUCUAGGAACUCAAGACAAGGGCUUUGAGAGACAUUUGCCAGAACUUCAGAAGGAGAUUGAUCACAUGAUGAAAGAACUGAGGAGGAAAAAUCUAGAAACGCAGAAGGAAGUUGCUGAAGAUGAGUUGGUGGCUGCAGAGUCCCUCCUGCAGAAAGUGAACAAGCUGUUGGCAGAAGCCCGGGGGAAGAAUGAAAAAAUGGAGAAGGACCUUCGUGAGACACUGGCAGAUUACAAAAACAAAGUUGAUGAUGCUUGGGAGCUCCUAGCAGAAGCCACCAAUAAAAUCAGAGAAGCUGAUCGCUUAUCUACUGCAAACCAAAGAAACAUGACUGCUUUGGAGAAAAAGAAGGAGGCUGUUGAGAGUGGUAAACGACAAAUUGAGAACACUUUAAAAGAGAGUAAUGACAUCCUCAAUGAAGCCAGCCAACUUGCAGAUGAAAUCAACUCAGUUAUAGAAUAUGUUGAAGACAUUCAAACCAAAUUGCCUCCAAUGUCUGAGGAGCUCACAAAUAAAGUAGAUGAACUCUCCCAGGAAAUCAAGGACAAGAAUCUUGCUGAUAAGGUGUCCCAGGCCGAGAGUCAUGCAGCCCAGUUGAACGACUCAUCUGCCAUCCUUGAUGGGAUCCUCGAUGAGGCUAAAAACAUCUCCUUCAAUGCCACUGCAGCCUUCAAAGCGUACAGCAAUAUCAAGGACUACAUUGAUGAGGCUGAGAAAGUUGCUAAAGAAGCCAAAGAGCUUGCACAGGAAGCUGCAGCACUGGCAGUAAGUCCGCAGGGUUCAUUGAAGGAGGAUGCCAAAGGCUCUCUGCAGAAAAGCUUCAGGAUUCUAAAUGAGGCCAGAAAGCUAGCCCAGGAUGUACAAGAAAAUGAUGCCCAUCUAAGGGGCCUAAUCAUCCGGUUAGAAAAUGCUGAUGCCAGGAACGGGGCUAUCUUGAGGACACUGAAUGACACUCUGGGCAAGUUAUCAACCAUUCCAAACGACACAGCUGCUAAGCUGCAAGCUGUUAAAGACAAGGCGAGACAAGCCAACGACACAGCCAAGGAAGUGCUGGCCCAGAUUAAAGAGCUCCACCAGAACCUUGACGGUCUGAAGAAAAAUUACAAACAACUGGCAGACAGUGUGGCCCAAACCAAUGCUGUGGUGAAAGAUCCUGCCAAGAACAAAAUCAUUGCAGAUGCAGAUGCUACUGUGAAAAAUUUAGAACAAGAAGCUGACCGGCUCAUAGACAAACUCAAACCCAUCAAAGAACUCGAGGAUAACCUGAAGAAAAACAUUUCUGAGAUUAAGGAACUGAUAAACCAAGCCCGAAAACAAGCCAAUUCUAUCAAAGUAUCUGUGUCCUCCGGAGGUGACUGCAUUCGGACAUACAAGCCAGAAAUCAAGAAAGGGAGCUACAAUAAUAUUAUCAUCAACGUCAAAACACCUGUUGCUGACAAUCUCCUUUUUUAUCUUGGAAGUGCUAAAUUUAUUGAUUUUCUGGCUAUAGAAAUGCGAAAAGGCAAAGUAAGCUUCCUCUGGGACGUUGGAUCUGGAGUUGGGCGUGUGGAGUACCCGGAUCUGACUAUUGAUGAUUCAUCUUGGUACCGUAUUGAAGCAUCAAGGACUGGGAGAAAUGGAACUAUCUCUGUAAGAGCCUUGGAGGGACCCAAAGCCAGCAUUAUGCCCCGUACCUACCAUUCCGCGUCUCCGCCAGGGUAUACUAUCCUAGAUGUGGACGCAAAUGCAAUGCUGUUUGUUGGAGGCUUAACUGGGAAACUAAAGAAGGCUGAUGCUGUGCGUGUGAUUACAUUCACUGGCUGUAUGGGAGAAACGUACUUUGACAACAAGCCUAUAGGAUUGUGGAAUUUCCGAGAAAUAGAAGGUGACUGCAAAGGAUGUACUGUCAGUCCUCAGGUGGAAGAUAGCGAGGGGACUAUUCAGUUUGAUGGAGAAGGUUAUGCCAUGGUCAGCCGCCCCAUCCGCUGGUACCCCAACAUCUCCACUGUCAUGUUCAAAUUCCGGACAUUUUCUUCAAGUGCUCUCCUGAUGUAUCUGGCCACACGAGACCUGAAAGAUUUCAUGAGUGUGGAGCUAACAGAUGGAUACAUAAAGGUCAGCUAUGAUCUGGGUUCAGGAAUGACUUCAGUUGUCAGCAGUCAAAACCAUAAUGAUGGGAAAUGGAAAUCAUUCACCCUGUCAAGAAUUCAAAAACAAGCCAACAUAUCAAUUUUAGAUAUAGACACUAACCAGGAGGAAAAUUUAUCAACUGUAUCUCCCGGAAACAAUUUUGGUCUUGACUUGAAAGCAGAUGAUAAAAUAUAUUUUGGUGGCCUGCCGACCCUGAGAAACCUGAGUAUGAAAGCAAGGCCAGAAGUGAAUUUGAAAAAAUAUUCUGGUUGCCUCAGAGAUAUAGAAAUUUCAAGAACUCCAUACAAUAUACUCAGCAGCCCUGAUUAUGUUGGUGUUACCAAAGGAUGUUCACUGGAGAAUGUCCACACAGUUAGUUUCUCCAAGCCUGGGUUUGUGGAACUCUCCCCCGUGCCAAUUGAUGUAGGGACAGAAAUCAAUCUGUCUUUCAGUACCAAGAACGAGUCUGGAAUCAUCCUCCUGGGAAGUGGAGGCGCACCAGCACCCAGGAGAAAGAGAAGGCAGACUGGACAGGCUUAUUACGCGAUACUCCUCAACAAAGGUCGUCUGGAGGUGCAUCUGUCCACAGGGGCACGCACAAUGAGGAAAAUUGUCAUCAAACCAGACCCGGGCCUCUUUCAUGACGGAAGAGAACAUUCUGUUCAUGUUGAAAGAACGAGAGGCAUCUUUACCGUCCAAAUUGAUGAAGACAGGAAGUAUAUGCAAAACCUAACAGUUGAACAAGCCAUUGAAGUCAAAAAGCUUUUCAUUGGUGGUGCACCACCUGAAUUUCAGCCGUCUUCUCUCAGGAAUAUUCCUCCUUUUGAAGGCUGUGUAUGGAAUCUCGUUAUUAACUCCAUCCCCAUGGACUUUGCAAGGCCUGUGUCCUUCAAAAAUGCAGACAUCGGCCACUGUGCUCUUCAGAAACCCCGUGAAGAUGAAGAUGGAGCAGUUCCAGCUGAAAUAGUGAUCCAGCCGGAGCCAGUUCCCACGCCAGCUUUCCCUACACCUACCGUGACUCUGUCGCAUGGUCCUUGUGCUGCAGAAUCAGUGCCAGAUCUUUUGAUGGGGAGCAAGCAAUUUGGUCUUUCAAAAAAUAGUCACAUUGCAAUUGCAUUUGAUGACACCAAAGUUAAAAACCGCCUCACAAUUGAGCUGGAGGUUCGAACAGAAGCUGAAUCAGGCUUGCUUUUUUAUAUGGCUCGAGUCAAUCAUGCGGAUUUUGCUACAGUACAGCUAAGAAAUGGAUUCCCCUACUUCAGUUAUGACUUGGGCAGUGGGAACACCAGCACCAUGAUUCCCACCCAAAUCAAUGAUGGCCGGUGGCACAAGAUAAAGAUCACAAGAAUUAAGCAAGAAGGAGUUCUUUCUGUAGAUGAUGCUUCUAACAGAACCAUCAGUCCCAAGAAGGCAGAUAUCCUGGAUGUUGUAGGGAUGCUCUAUGUUGGUGGAUUACCCAUCAACUACACUACCCGAAGGAUUGGUCCAGUGACCUACAGUAUUGAUGGCUGCAUCCGGAACCUUCACAUGGCAGAGGCCCCUGUGGAUCUGGAGCAGCCAACCUCCAGCUUCCACGUGGGGACGUGUUUUGCACGUGCUCAGAAGGGAACGUACUUUGACGGAACCGGUUUUGCCAGAGCAAUUGGUGGAUUCAAAGUGGGAUUGGAUCUUCUUAUAGAAUUUGAAUUCCGCACAACAAGAACCACUGGAGUUCUUCUGGGAAUCAGCAGUCAAAAAAUGGACGGGAUGGGAAUUGAGAUGCUCGAUGAAAAGCUGAUGUUUCAUGUGGACAAUGGUGCUGGCUUAUUCACUGCUAUCUAUGAUGCGGGAACCCCAGGGCGUUUGUGUGAUGGACAAUGGCAUAAAGUCACUGCCAACAAGAUCAAACACCGCAUUGUGCUCACAGUCGAUGGGAACCAGGUGGAAGCGGAAAGCCCUAACCCUGCAUCUACCUCCACCGAUACAAACGACCCUGUGUUUGUGGGAGGUUUCCCAGAUGACCUCAACCAGUUCGGCCUGACCACCAACAUCCGGUUCCGAGGAUGUAUCCGGUCCCUGAGGCUCACCAAAGGCACUGGCAAACCACUGGAGAUUAAUUUUGCCAAGGCCCUGGAAUUAAGAGGCGUUCAACCAGUGUCAUGCCCAGCCAACUAACCAGAAGAGGUUUCCCUUUCAGAAGGGACCAUCAAAGCCACUAUUACAAGUACAAUAAGUAUAUGUACCUACGUAUGUUAAUAAAACUAAUGUGUGCACA